GGUUCUUACACGGUCAGCUCUUAAUGUAACACUGCUCGUCUAACCUCUCAUAAGCUGCAGUAUAACCUUUUCAUGAGCUCUUUGCCCCCAAGCUGAUCAGAAAACUGCAAGGUGACGCGUUGAAGAAACUGUAAACUUGCGUGUCAGAACCUAAACAGCAUCCUUGAUAGAGUGCCAUGCAGGGACGAUCAUGGACCAGGUCACAUUUAGAAGUGACACCGUUCUGUCUGAUGUCCAUCUGCUGCUACCAAACACUCGCCAUCUCAUGAAGAGACUCAACGGUGUGGGACAGCCCGUCUUUACUUCAAAGUUCAAGAUUCUGCGGGAUAUCGAUGGGAAGGACUCGAGUGAUGAUUUGCCUGUCCGUGAGAGUUCAGAUGCAUCAGAUGUUCCUCGGGAUGAAGAUGGGGAUCUGGAUGUGGUUAGGAGGCCCAGAUACACCACUUCUGACAGAGAUGCAGUUUGUCCCAUAAUACUCAGUCAAUCUGCGGCCACAUCAAGUGAUCAGGAUGAAGAUUCUGACGAGGAAGAGGAGAGUGUCCGUGACAUCAUUACGAUUGAGCACACAAUGGCGACUCCACUGGAAGAUGUUGGGAAGCAGAUCUGGCGUGGUGCUUUCCUGUUGGCUGAUUUCAUCCUGGCUCAGUCAAGCAUGUUCAAAGGCGCCACUGUCCUGGAGGUCGGAGCAGGAACAGGACUGACCAGCAUUGUCAUGGCAAUGGUGGCCAAAACGGUCUACUGCACAGAUGUUGGUGAGGAUCUUCUGAACAUGUGCCAGAGAAAUGUGACCGUGAACAAGCAGCACUUUGAACCCCAAGAGAGUGAGAUCAUGGUGCGUCAGCUGGACUGGAUGGCGGACGAUUUCUGCACAGAUGCAGAUUUGGAAUUCAGCUGGACCGACACUGAAGUAGCGGACUUGCAUGAUAAUACCACUUUUGUGAUCGCAGCAGAUGUGUGUUAUGAUGACGAUCUUACAGAUGCACUAUUCAGAACAAUAUACAGACUCUCCAGCAACAUGAGAAAGCCCAGCACAACAUACAUCUCAAUAGAGAAGAGAUUGAACUUCACACUGCAGCACAUGGACGUGUCCUGUGAAGCUUAUGAUCACUUCCGCCACUGUCUAGACCAGCUACAGCAGAUGAAAGACGGAAAGAUGAAUUUCAAAGUAGAACCCGUCAAGAUCUCCUUUCCUCAGUUCUUCCAGUACGAAAGAGUUGAGCAGCUGGAACUGUGGAAGGUGUCUGCAGAGAGACUUAAUAUAUAACUCAGGUUUUUAAGGUUUGAUUUAACUCCAGGAUUUGACUCUUGUCUUUGUAAAUCCUGUUUUAACUAAAGGGAUAGUUCACCCAAAAAUGAAAAGCUGCUGUUAAUUUGACCCUCGGGUCAUUCAAGAGGUUAAUUUUUUCUUCAAUUUAACUUUAUAGCAGAGUUUUUAGCUAAAACUGUGGUACUUGGUGAUUCACAAAAUGUAAGUAAAUGGCUAUUAGCAAGUUGAGAGUCACAAAAAACACAUACAAGCAAAAUAAAAUUAGUACUCAUUACUCCUGAUGAUACAUUGAGGUCUUUUGAAGUGAAGUAGCAGGUAAUUUUACUGCUUUGGACUUGUUCAUGACUGUUUGCAGUUGCUUUGGAUUCAAAGUAAUAAUGUUUUAGAUAAUUUUCAGUUUCUUGUGUAUGCAUGUAUAUAUGUUGUUGUUUUUUACUCUCAAAGUGUGUUAACAUGCAUAUUAUGAAUCACCAAGGACCAAAAACAACAAAAAAAUCUUUAAUUUAUCUGAAGAAAAAAUCAUCCACAUGAUUGACCUGAGGAUACAUUUCUAAAUAAUAAUCAGAUUUAUACUUUUGAGUUUUUUGAGUGCUUAGCUUGAUCAUUUGCUCUUUAUGUUAUUUAAAUGUAACAUUUUAUUUCAAAAGAGAUUAUUAUUUAAAAUGUGUGUUUUACUGUGACCAGCUUGAGUUUUUAGGAUUAGGAUUCAUUAAUGGUAUGUUUUGGGGGUAUUUAUUUGGGGUAUUUUUAGAACUUUUGAAGCAGAAUGUUUUGUUAGCGAGGUAAUAAAGUGUAUUUGCAUAAAGUACAUGACAUAAAUGAAUCUCAUUUUUAAUAUAUCUAUUUUUAAGUAACAUUUGAAGCAUUGACAUGCAUAUAUAGUGCACUUAAAGGGAUAAGGGGAGCACGAGGCACAAAGUAACGCUGGGUAAAAUGUAACUUGGAGUUUUAAGGUAUUUGCUCAGGGUUAUAUAUGGCAUGCUUCCAAUGUUUUCAUCACAGUGUCGCCAGACAUUUUCCUAAUUAUUGAAAAAGUUCUGCGAAAUUUGAAUGAGAAACACAGAAGAAAAACCAUUUUUGCAGCAUAAAAGUAUUUUUAUUAUACUCUAUAUUUUUUUAUUUUAAAAAAAUCUGUGAACAUAUGUACAAAAUCUUAUAUUGAUGUGAUUAGCGUCUUCUAGGCUAAAAAGUGGAACCUUUUAGAAAGAUGUAAAAAAACACAAUUGAGGAAAGCAUGACAGAGCAGGGUUAGUUGUAGCAGGGUGUUACAAAUAAGCCACACACUGUUGGACACCAGUUAAACUAACAAAAUAUCUUUUGAAUUUUGAGUGUAAUGUUGGGAACUUUUUAUAUUAAAAAAAU